UUAUUUAGGUUGUGUUUUUAAAAGGAAGAACAGCCCUGGCUCGAUUCCUGGGCGCAUAAAACGCGAAAACGCAAGGUGUUGGCGCGCUAUGGCAGCCGUGGUAGCCACGCCCAGCUACUGCUCUAGGGUUAGGGUUGAGAGGCCAUGGCGGAGAGUGCGAGCUAGGCCGGCAAGAGUACAGCGGGUCAUCGUAUGUGCAGCCAGGAGAAUGGAGCAAGAUCAUCACAAGCAUCGGACCAUCGAAAUGCAACACGUCAACGGUGAGGAGGAAGGCAACCACGCUUCCAUUCCCGAGCAGCCGCCAGCCAUGAGCUCCUUAGGGAGCGAAAUCAGGCGCUGGAGCUCUCUUGUCAAGACCAAGGCGUCGCAGCACAUUCUAGGAGUGGAAUUCUCUCCAGACAUAGUUGCCAUAACCAUGGUCUACUUUGUCCAAGGCAUUCUCGGACUUUCCAGGCUUGCUGUCAGUUUCUUCCUAAAGGAUGAUCUUCAUCUCGAUCCAGCAGAGACAGCUAUUCUAUCUGGAUUCUCUGCUUUCCCGUGGCUCGUCAAGCCUCUCUAUGGCUUUAUAAGCGACGGGCUCCCUCUGUUUGGUUACAGGCGACGAUCAUAUCUUGUACUUUGCGGACUUCUUGGAGCGGUUUCGUGGGGAUCGUUGUCCGCGCUUGUAACCGAUAAGUAUGGUGCCGUGGCCAUGAUUUUCCUUAGUUCUCUAUCCGUGGCUUUCUCAGAUGUUGUAAGUGGCGCCUCAGAUGUUGUAAGGAGAAGAACUAACUAUACUAAUUUCAAGGUGGUCGACUCAAUGGUUGUUGAGAGGGCACGGGGUGAAUCGCAAGAUACGUCUGGAUCGCUUCAGUCGCUCUGCUGGGGAUCUUCGGCAGCUGGGGGCAUUAUCAGUGCAUACUUCAGUGGCUAUUUUGUUCAGACUUAUGGUGUGAGGUUUGUUUUCGGCGUCACAUCUCUUCUUCCACUUAUCACGUCAGCCGUUGCCGGGCUUGUACAGGAAGAGCCCGCUUGGAAUAUCCAAGCGUCCGGUACAGCUGAUGAUCUCAGAGUGGACUUUCGAUCAGAUGGUGUCUUCCAAUCCGCGAAGAAGCAAAGCUUGCGUUUGUGGAGGACUGUUCGGGAGCCAACAAUCUUUCUCCCCACGCUGUUUAUAUUUCUGUGGCAGGCCACCCCAUCUUCCGACACCGCCAUGUUCUACUUCACAACAAACAAGCUGGGUUUUGGACCGGAGUUCCUUGGGCGGGUGAGGCUCAUAACUGCGAUGGCUUCUCUUGCUGGAGUGGGCGUAUACAACAGCUUGCUGAAGCAUGUGCCGCUCAGGAGAAUGUUCUUUUGGACCACGCUACUGGGAGUUGGAUUGGGUUGCACGCAGUUGAUGCUUGUCAACGGUUGGAAUCGCAGUUUGGGCAUUAGCGAUGAAUGGUUUUCCAUGGGGGACUCGUUAGUGCUCACCGUCCUUGGCCAGGUUUCUUUCAUGCCAGUCUUGGUUCUGGCAGCCAAGUUAUGCCCGCCAGGUGUAGAAGCCACGCUGUUUGCAACGCUCAUGUCUAUCAGCAAUGGCGCGGGGGUGCUUGGGGGGCUCAUGGGUGCGGGCUUGACACAGUUAUUGGGCGUGUCAAGCCACAAUUUUGACAAUCUGGCCGUGUUAGUACUGGUGACCAACCUGUCGUCGCUACUUCCGCUGCCAUUCCUGGGGCUGCUUCCGCCCGAGAGCCAGCUGCCAGACGCAGUGGACAGGGCCGAGAAGGCUUUGAAUGACAUGGAGGAGGCCAAGCGCGAGUAGGCAGGCGAAGGGCCUGGCGGUGUUGAUGACCGAUGCGAUGGAUGGCUGGGCUUUAUAAAGGGAGGUAAAAAACAAAGGCCAGCCGUUUUGCUGAGUCGAGUGAGUGAGAGGCAUUGCGCAAAGCAAGCCAGACGACUUGUUGACAUGGGCGGCCUGGUCAACAGUGGGGGUCAAUGCACUAUAAAACCUGGGUGUCAGGAA